AUGUCAGAAAUUAGUAGUAAAAAAACCAAAGCCGAAAAGAUAUUAGAGGACAUUGAAGCCCAGUUGCGGAAACUUAUCUCUGAGAAAAAAGAGUUGAAAAAGAAAUUUUUGGAUAAAUUGAAAGACUUAUCUAAACAAGAAAAAGAAAACAAAAAAAUAUUACAACUAGAAAGAAAAAUGACAGCCGGAGUAUUGCCAACCGAACGCGAGGAAAUAAUGAAAGAAAUCCAAAAACUUAACGCUUAUAAUAUUACGUUAGAGCAAGGGUUUAAGAAACGAAAAAUUGAUGCGGAUGUAGUGACCGAAAUACGAAAAAGAUUAGGAUUCCCCUUACUGACUACUAAAAAAGUCAAUUUUAAGGCUAUCGUCCACGAACUUUUGUGGUUUAUUAAGGGCAACACCAACAUUAAAUAUUUGGUCGAUAAUGGCGGGGAAAGUUUGGCCGAAUUUAGAGAAAAAAUUAAAAAUGAUAAUGAGUUUGCCAAAAAAUAUGGUGAAUUAGGUCCGGUUUAUGGAGUGCCGUUUAAUAUUGCUAGUUAUAGUUUACUGACUACCAUGCUAGCCCAAGUUUGUGGUUAUGAAGUAGGAGAAUUUAUUCACGUCAUUGGUGACGCCCACAUUUAUUUAAACCAUUGCGAGCAAGUACAAGAGCAGUUAGGCCGCAAACCCAAAAAAUUACCAACCCUCAAACUCAACCCUUCAAUAAAAUCGGUUUUUGAUUUUCGUUUUGAGGAUAUUAGUUUAGAGAAUUAUGAGUCCUAUCCUCCUAUCAAAGCCCAAGUGGCGGUUUAG